AUGGAAAAUGGUGAUGGCAGCGGGCGCACUGAUCACGACCGGCUGAGUAGCAAUGUCAAAGAUGUCGUGGAUCAGCGCGCCGCGCCAGAUCACAAGGGCAAGGCCAAGGCCAGCGGCAACCCCUCCGAUCCGCCGCGCAUGAACGACCUUCCCGACGAAAUAACCCACAUCACGCAAGGCUUUAUCCCGCUGUCAGCGUUCCUCACGCGGCUGGCGCAGGUUACGCAUAACUCGCUGCAGGAAAAGGUGGCGGAGCUGAGCAAGAUGCCGAUCCCGGCGUCCGCACUGAACGGCGGCGCGACCAACCUCACUUCGAGCGCGCCCGACGACACCUCGGCCGAGAACCUGCGCAAAAAGGCGACCUUACUACACUUUGCGCAAGACAUGCACGCAAAAUGGGUCAAGGCGCUCGUCAUCACGGAAUGGAGCCGCCGGGCGAACAUGGUCAGCAAGCUAAUUGACUUGAAAUUUCACAUGGACCAGCUGCGCGUCCACUACGACGUGUGCUUGGACAACAUGGUCAAUGUCAAGCGAGAUCUGACGUAUGCGCGCAUGCCCGCUCCUGAUCUCAAGACGGCAUUGCAAGUAUUAUCCACCGGAAGUGCUCCAUGGAUACCAGAUCAUCAAUAUAUAGAACCUCCCCCUCUGACGGCCGACGAGAAGCUGCGUUGGAUAAAAGACCUAAAUACGCGCUUGAGCCUACGACUCAACUUGCAAGAUUACGAUAAAAUACCACAUCAGUUUCGCAACUACGAAAUCGGGUCUGGCCGCGUCACAUUCAAGGUGCCCGACGAGUUCGAAGUGGAAUUGACGAUUGCCGACGAAGACACUGACAAGCAAUUCUGGUUCAUCGAUUUCCGAUACACCUUCAGACCUUCGGCCUUGUCUCUCUCCGAGGGGUUGCGAAACUACCUAGAAAAUUACGUCAACGACGCACUAGCGAGGAAUGGCCUAGCGGGCUGCUAUCAAUUUCUACAUGAGAUGGUGCUGACAGCCAAGAUUACCGAACUCAAGCGCCAGGCCCUGCGUUUGAGCAGAACGUCUUGGGACGGUACCCUAGUGGUCGAGCCGCUCAACCGUGCCUUGGCCAUUCAAUACUGGUCGUCGCGGUCAACAACUACCAAAAGCUGGGUGCUCAUUGCUAUUAACAGUGGAAAGAAGAACGGCAAAGUGGACGAAAAGUCACCUAGCUACCUGGUGGCAAAGUGGUAUAGAGACAAUAAGGAAGUCAAAGACGUUAAGCUAACUCUCGACGUCGGCACCCUCUCAGCUGAGUCUCUGCUCAAAGAAGUGAUUGGACGACAUAUUGGAUAUAUUUUGCAGAACAUCCGCGAUAAGCUGCUUGAGGCGCCACGUUUCAAGCAACAUGAGGCGGCCAUGAAUCUGCGCAUCUCGAAUACAAACCCCGGCGACUGCAUGCUCACAACGCAGGUCAGCCAUAACGCUACGACGACACUGCUGGUAGAACCGACGACAGGUAUAUUUGCCGUGAAGCCGCAGUCCAAAUUCUCGAUUCCGUAUGAACAUCAAUUAAACAGCGGCAAGAACUCUACCGACGACGGCGCGGCGUGUUUGGAGAAUGUACGCUGCGCCAUGAUGGAGGAUGAGCUACACCGCCGCGGCAACACGAUGGGCUGGCAGACUCAAAAAAUGCCUCUGUCUGUGGAAGAAGUAAAGUCUGUCACAAAAAUGCGCGAUUGGACUCGGACGAUCUGGAUGCGCAAACAGGGCUGGGGGGAAAGCUGGUAUAUGGCUAUCUUUCUUGGACUUGGCGGCGACGAGUGGUGGCUGCUGGAAGCAAACCGCAAUGAACCGGGUCGCACCGUCAAAUUUCAAGCCAGAUUGCCUUUAAGUAAGGGACACCCAGACUUUUCAACCGCUUUCUGGGGCAACUUGGCAAUAUUUGCUACUGGCAUGAUUGCGCAAGCAGUUGAUAUGCGCGAGCUGCAUCGUCUUCGCAUCAAGAGCAGGACAAAUGACAGCAUCAAUCUUGCGCUACCACAACAAUUACAGCUGCCCUCCAUCCAAGUCGCCCUAUCAGCCAUGUUUCCGAGCAUUGUCCACAAUGGUGGCUCCAAAUCCGAGUACCGCCAGCCAUGGGCGAACGAUGUUGUCACUAUCCGAUUCACGGGUAUUGAAUCAACCGAUGACAGCCUGAUGUGCCUGUCAGAAGCUGUCCUUCGCGUGCGCAAGCCGUCCAAGUUUGCCGCGCUCAAGGGGACCGUUGACGGGAACCUGCUUUAUAAUGCAAAACUGGGCGAGUUUUGCCUCCGCGUGCAACAUGCCGUAGGUGAACCUGUCCUGGCGCUCCUCAAGUCUCGAAUCAAGGCUAUUGACCGGUUCGUCAACUUUCUGGAAGCGAUGGACAAGUCGAAAGGAUCGAUUGUGGGCGAGCUGGUGACGCUAAAGGAGAUACGUUUCUUAUACUACCAAGCCGGUAGCAUUGACAGCGAAAGCAAGCAGCAGUGGCGCAUCACACUGGAUCUGUCCAAGGAUGACAUCGCCAUUAAGAUUGAGCGCGGCAACCCGCACCUGCGCGUGGUCGACCUCAUGCAGCAGCUCGUCAACAGUGACGGAGGCAUAGGGGCCCUUAUGAGGUGGCUCCCCGCGUCACUGCGGGCGCUCGAGGCUGUAAGCAGCAUCGAGACCCGCUGGGAGGAUAUGCAGAUCAAACGACUUGGCCGGGUCGACUUUGCCAUGAAGACACUGUCGUGGCUGAGCUUACAGUACACCAUGACCGUUGCUGGCCCGUCGCCCACGAAGCGUGUCAUCCUGCUGCAGGUGCGCACACAGACCCGUCGGGGCGAGGCCUGGUGGCAUGUCUGGCGCUCCCACGACGGCAUCGCGCCCUCUGAAAGCGACGAUGACGAUGCCUACGCUGCAGCGCUCAGAAGCGUGUGGAACGGGCGCGGCCCAGGAUGGAUUGGCCUGUCGACGGGCGCGGCAGCGCGAUGCGAGAGCGGCGUGGUUGGCAUGCUACUUGCGGUGGAUGACGCGGUGCGUUCCGUUGUUGUCGACGACUCGUCCACGGCGGUGCCGACACAAUCUUCGACAAACCCGUCGUUUACGCAACGCACGUCACAGAGCCUAAACAGUGGCAAGGACGUGGUAGUUUUGGAAUAA